UGGGAUGGGUUAGUUUCGUGAUGGAGAGAGGAAGUUGUGCAGCCCGGAUCAAGCACCGAGCUAAAAAGCUCAGAUAGUGAUUGGAAGUGAUGGCAAAAAGGAUUUAGAAUCAGUAUUAACUUAGAGAGAGAGAGAGAGAGAGAGAGAGAGAGAGAGAUUUUAUUUCUCCAUAAAGCUACCGCUAUCUGCCCUUGAGCGCACAGGGCAAAUCGGGGGGAUGUACAUAGGUGGUCAAAGGCGUCCUAAAAGUGAAAAUCUUCACUUCUGAUGUUCUGAUUUUUUAUUUAUAUAUAUAUUUCAAUCGGUGCUGCAUCUAGAGCACCAGCAGUCCCGCGUCGUGGUGUCUUCCUCUGUCACUAAAAAGUAGCAUAAAUACGACGAGAGACCAUCCCAUCUGCUUGCAACUGGAAGCAGAGUAAUCUUAAAUCCAGGGGCGAGCCCAAGUUCAGAUGCACUGAAGGGGAUACAGCAAGUUCAGCAGAAUUUGGAAACGGUAUUCUAUCGGAGGAUUACAACAACAGUUAUUUCAAUCGAGCGAACCUGUAUCCACUGUUCAGGGAUGCAAGCAAAUACAACAUAUCAAGAAACGAAGUUCGGUUUCUCGGCGAGGAUUGCUGCUGUAUAGCUCUUCAUAAGUCUCCAGAAAUUCUUACCGCGGAUGAAUGAAAUGGUUUGCUGAAGUGCCAAGUUCUUUGCGUGAAUUUAAAAAUUAAAAUUGCGUUAAAUGUUACAGUACUGCAAUGGAAAGAACACUGAAGUACCGAGACUGAAACUGUCAUUCAAACCUAAUUCACGACCAGGAACAUCAUUUCCUGCAACUAAAAGAACAAUAUAUGUCUAAUAUCAAUAUACAUUUAUAUUACUCCCUUUUCAUUCCGACGUCGGUGACGUGUACCGUUUCUGAGGUCCAUCGGCAACGGCAGCGGUUUCAAGCCAAGUUUGCAUGGAGGAAGAUCUGCUAUUAAGUCUGCUAUUAUGAUGUCUUUCUACAUGAACCAGGUUCCAUGCUGAUCCUGAUAGUGUUUCCUGACGUGCCGGUGGCUCCCUUUGCCCUUAUCUGGACUCUCGGACCAUGCACUCGGACUUAGCCUCUACCAUGCUGCGGCUGGUUGCUUUGCUCUUACAUGGCCUCUCCCUCACUCUGGGGCAAUACGACAUAUGCAAGUCCCUAGUUAGUAUGGACGAUGGCCCGAUAUGGGAGUUUUACGCGUGCCAACCCAAGCCGAUCUCCAUGAAGGAGUAUAUGAAAGUGAAAGUGGACCCGCCCGGAAUUACCUGUGGAGACCCACCUGAGAGGUUCUGUACGCUUGAGAACCCCUACAUGUGCAGUGAUGAAUGUGAUGCCUCUAACCCAGACCAGGCCCAUCCUCCCAAGCUGAUGCAUGACAGGGAGAAGAGUGGGCUGCUCACCUAUUGGCAGACCGUCACUUGGAGCCGGUUCCCAGAACCCUUACUGGCCAACAUCACCAUUUCCUUCAACAAGAGCAUCGAGCUGACCAAUGACAUCCUGGUCACCUUUGAGUAUGGCCGGCCAACCAUCAUGGUGAUCGACAAGUCCCUGGACUACGGACGUACAUGGCACCCCUACCAGUUCUAUGCGGACGACUGUAUGGACGCUUUUGGGAUGCCUGCCAAGAAAGUACAGGACCUCUCCGCCACCAACGUGACCCGAGUCAUCUGUACCGAGGAGUAUUCGCGCUGGGUGGGCUCCAAGAAUGAGAAGAACGUGCGCUUCGAGGUACGGGAUCGGUUCGCCAUCUUCGCUGGAACCCGACUGCAGAACAUGGACAACCUUUACACCCGCAUGGAGAGUAUGAAAGGACUGAAGGACUUCUUCACUAUCACCAACCUCCGGCUGAGGCUCCUUCAACCAGCCCUGGGGGGUACCUACAUCCAGAGAGAGAACCUCUACAAGUACUUCUAUGCCAUCUCCAACAUCGAGGUCCCAGCUAGGUGUAAGUGUAACCUGCACGCCAGCCAGUGCUUGUUCAGGGACGGCAGUCUCCAGUGUGAGUGCGAGCACAACACAACCGGACAGGACUGCGGCCGCUGCAAAAAGACAUUCCGGGCCAAAUCCUGGAGACCUGGUUCUUAUCUACCUACACCUAAUGGAUCACCAAACACCUGUUCAGCAUCUGGCUCUCCGCAAGGCAUACCAAUAGUUGACGAGCCUGUGCAGGUUACCACGGUGACAGCCGCCACAUCCCCACGCCCUCUAAUUACCAAAGCGCCAGAGACCAUUACCAUCCGCACCACUGAGCCACCACCAGCAGAGCCCAAACUCAGCUCCCUGUUAAGUGAGCCUGACAGUACAGAUAAAGAGCUUAAAACUAUCCCAAAACCUGCUCAAACAGAGAAACCGCCCUCCCCUGCUGAGGAAACUGUAGAAAUAAAAGAAGAGAAAGUUGCUCCAAAACCAAAGUCAGGGCACGGGUCAAGUUCUUCAGGAGAGAAGCACAAAGAAAAGUCAGCAACUUCCAAGCUCUUAAAACCUGCACGCCCCCAAUCAAGACAGCUGUCAGGGAUAGCGUACGGGAAUUAUAAAGACUGCGAGUGCUAUGGCCACUCUAACCGCUGCAGUUAUAUUGAUUUUCUCAACAUCGUGACUUGCGUCAGCUGCAAACACAACACUAGGGGGCAGAACUGUGAGCACUGUCGCCUGGGACACUUCCGGAAUGCUACCGCGGAGCUCGACGAUGAGAAUGUUUGUAUAGAGUGUAACUGUAACCAGAUGGGCUCCCUCCACGAUCGGUGCAAUGAGACGGGUUACUGCGAGUGUAGAGAUGGGGCCACCGGACUGAAAUGUGAAGACUGCCUGCCCGGAUACUACUGGAGGCAGGGCUGUUUCCCAAACGUCUGUGAUGAAGAGUUCCUGCUCUGUCAGAACGCAGGGACAUGCUACCAGGGCCAGAGGUGCUUGUGCCCACCAGGGUUCAAGGGGGUCCUGUGUGAGCAGCCCAAGUGUGGUUCUGGAGAAGGGGACUGUGAUGCUGCCUCAACCUCAUUCCUCAGCCUGGCCACAAUCCUGCUCUGUGCACUGCUCCAUCAGCUAGCCACAUUAACUGCUUAGUGAUCGCAGGCAGGCAGGCAGAGGUGAGGGGGAUUUGGAGCCCCCCUUCCUAACGUCAAAAGGUGCUUUGGGUGGUUAGGACAGACGUGGACAACUUAAGCCAAUUAUAGAUUGGUGGGCUUCUCUGCUUGUGCCAGUGACAUUCAAACCAAAAAAUAAAUCAGACUAUAGAGAGACAUUCAUUAUUCUUGUUGUAGUUAACAGUUUACCCCACUUAAUGAUGCACUUAUCCAUAUCACGUUGGAGAACUGAGAUGGAUUAUAACAAUGUUGCAGCCUACUACAAUUUAAGCCAGGUAUUUGAAACAGACUUUGUCGUCCCCCCCCCCCCCCCAUUUUCUUUAUUUGCAGAGAUUUUAGUUUCCUUUCAUUCAUUGCCUAGAGGUUUGUGAAGAUUAAAGUAAAGGGAAUCUAGUUACUGUACACUGAUGGUGGAUGGAAGCUGCCAAGGAACAGAACUCAUCCAAAUAAAAGAAAAUCUAAAAAAUAUCAAUGUUAUAUACUGUAACUGUUUAAAUAUUUUUUGUAGAAAUCGUUAUUUUUGUUCCAAGUAAACAUUAUCAUGAAGAAAAAAAUGAAGAAAAAAUACAUAAAUAAAAAUGAAUAAAGAAAUUCCAAGAUGGACAUUUUAUUAUGCUGUAAAAGAAUUACAGUAAAUGUGACUGUUAAUUGCU